GGAAUCUUCAGCCCAAGAAGGAACAUCUCCACAGGAUUUUUAAUUUAAACUAUUCUUUCUUCUGAAGAUCCUAGAGAAAUCUGAAGAAGUAGAAAGGUUGGGGAGAUGGCAAGUUAUUCUCAUAAGAAGACUUGGGAUGAAGAAAUAGCAGAUCUAUUUCGUGAAAAAAUCCGUGUCAAAGAACCCGAUCCUCGAUUGUUUAAAUUAUGGGAUAUUCAUCAGAAAUACUUAUUUUUGGUGAACAACAUGUUAGUGGCAGAUGUGAAAACUUCUAAUUCACCAGAGCAGUUAAUGGCCGUGCUUCCUAAUACAUCUCUAGAUAAACCACGACAACCCAUAUUUAUGGGCCUUGAAAAUAAGAACAGCUGCUUGUCUUGUGUGAAGUCUGGGAAUGGUCAAUAUCAGCUAGAGUUAAAAGAAAAAGCUAUUCAGGAUCUUUACUCGGAUCCAAAAAACGCCAAAGUUUUCACUUUUUAUAGUAAGAGUGAUGGCAACGGUGAUACCUGCUCCUUUGAAUCUGCAGAGUUCCCGGGUUGGUUCCUCAGCACUUCUUCAGAAGCAAAAAAGCCUCUUGGUUUGAGUCAAAAAGGAGGACCUCAGAAUGUCCUGUUUUAUUUUGAAAGAAAAUUAUGAGCCAGAAAUACUCUUCUGCAUCUAUUUUGAUAAUAGACCUUGCAUAUACAAAUGGAAUGGAGCCAGAAUGCACAAUUAGGCCAAUGAUUAGACUUAGAUAGUAUUCUUCAUGCAAUUAAAAAGCUUUGGGAGAACUAUGUCAUAUUUUGGGGGAAGGUACAAUACAGGUUCAUGGAUGAUAUGGACUUGAUUGUAUGGUCUUUAUUUCUGUAGAACAAUAUUGUCAACAUCCAUCUCGCAGAUCCAAAUAAAAAUCCAGGUUCAUUCUGUUUCCCAAA